AGUGUUUGUUAACGACGCCAAAGGAUUACUUUACAAAACGUCUUUUUAUUUUCUAAGAAAUCUCCUAGGUAGUGCGGUUGUUAAAGCAGCGUCCUCCAGCUGCCGGCAUAUUUGGUUUGCGCGAUUUCUGUUAGCUGUGAGCUAGCUGGCUAAUUAACUAGUAGCUAACGACGAGUUAGCAGCUAGCAGAAGGAGACGGGAGCGACCGGCCUUCAGUAGAGCCGGUACAGGCAGCGGGACGCGGCGAUCUUGUGACAUGAAGCCCUCCGCUUGACCUCUAAUAGGACGAGAGAAAGCCGCACUGCUGAUGACAUAGCAGGACUGCUGUUUCCCAGGUCGGUCGAGGUUCUUUCUCCCACGGGAUUGUGGGUAACCCGCUAAUAGCCCGACAGUAAUGGAGAGGAGACAAGCGGAGUAGUUAUGGCCGAUAGCGGUGGCAGAGGGAUGGAGCGCGGCAGGGGACGGCCGCCGGCGACUGACUCCGCUCCUAGAGCCGUGUACCCCCCGCAGUACCUCCACCCGGCCGUGCAGGGCGUGCAGGAGAUUCAGGAACUCGCCUCGAAGCGCGUCGACAUCCAAAAGAAGCGCUUCUACUUGGACGUGAAGCAAAGCUCCAGGGGCCGCUUCCUGAAGAUUGCCGAGGUGUGGAUCGGCCGGGGUCGCCACGACAACGUGCGCAAGAGCAAGCUCACCCUGUCCAUGUCCAUGGCCCCUGACCUACGCUAUUGCCUGGGAGACUUCAUCGAUUACUACGCUCAUAUUGGGCUGCGGGGCAGCCAAACGCCAAGGUCUGAAGAGCAGAGCAACGGGCAGAGCAGGCUGCAAGCUGAUUCCCGCAGGAGGCAGCCGGACCACCACCCACAGGCUGUGCCCCUGUCCCCCACGGGGUCUGCCACUUCAGAGGAGCAUGCCCACAGGGUACUCAAAAGUGAGUUCAUUGAGAGGGACAACAGGAAGUACUACCUGGACCUGAAAGAGAACCAGCGUGGCAGGUUCCUCCGCAUCAGGCAGACAGUGAGCCGCGGUCAAGGUACCAUGGGGUACUAUGGGCAGGGUAUCGAGCAGACCAUUGUGCUGCCUGCCCAGGGCCUGAUUGAGUUCCGAGACGCUCUGUCCCAGCUGAUCGAGGACUACGGCGAUGAAGAGGCCGAAGAGCGAGGAAGGGGUAGUCGGAACCAUGACGAGUCCCCUGAGCUCCCAGAGGCCGUGUCCUUCCGGGUGGACAAUAAGAGGUUCUACUUUGACGUGGGGUCCAACAGGUAUGGCGUAUUUUUGAAGAUCAGUGAGGUGCGGCAACCAUACAGGAACACGAUCACUGUGCCCCUUAAGGCCUGGGCUAGGUUUGGGGACAACUUCAUCAGGUAUGAGGAGGAAAUGCGCCGUAUCUUCACCUGUCAGAAGGAGAAGAGGACAGAGCCACACGCUGACAGCGAAGACCAAGAGGAUUGACAAAGCCUUCCCUGAGGGUUAACACCACAGUGAGCUCUAGAGAAAACGUGGCAAAAUGUGACAAUAACAAGAUAGUUUAUAAAAAAAAGUUUCCUAAUAAUGUACCUCCGAAAUACUGUACUGUAUGACUCUAGCCACCUAGCACUUUUAAAUUCAUUGUUCUUAUGUUAUAUUCUUGAAAAUAAGCGAUGCCAUCAAUCGGAAAUACGUGCAGGGUUAAGGAUAGAACCUAGGUAGUUCACAUCUGACCAGUGAAAAUGAUCUAUGGGAUAAGCUACCCUAAACAUUGCAUUUGAGUUUAAAAAUUGAAGCUUUUCAAAUGUUUUAAGUGUGUGUUUGUGUGAGAGACCAUGUAUGCUUAUACUUUCCAGUGUAGGUCAGUUAGAUUCAUGGCUACUGUAUGGAAAGGGGCUAUUGAUAUUAGGAGUACACUUAAUUUUUCAGCAAUGCUUAUGUGUUAUUAUUAGGCCCAUUGAUAUGUGCACUUUACAUGGUGUUACUUAUGUGACAUUGCCCAUUCUGCAUCCUGUAACCGUUAGGAUACUAUGUUGAUCGGUCUGUUCUGUGUCCUGUUGGGGCAUUGUAUAUCAAAAUCAAAAAAUGUCGUCAUUCCUUUGUGUCAGUGUAAACAAAGGUUAUCAAAUGCCAAGAGGAAGCAAAAAAUCAUAAAAGCCGAGCAGAUGUCAAUCAAGGGGUUCAAAAUCUGUUUUUGUGCAAGUCUGAGUUAUGAACCUGACUAGGGGGGGGGGAAAAAUACACCAAGUAAUGAGCAGCACUACUUUCUCUCUCGUUCACUGGAUUUCAGGGAGAUGUUGCUAAGGCGUUAUUUGAGUGACAGCCUUCAGAUUUUGCACCCCUGGUGAGCAUAUUAGUAAUUUUAUUUUGCCUUAAAGCCAUUCUUGGUGGUCCAGGUCCUACUUGAAAUCUAAAUCUAAAGUUACUUGAAGCACCCAAGUCAUGCCAUGUGCGUAUUUAAAUGUUUCAAGCAUUUUAUGCUACAGAACGCAGCCUGCAACCCUGAGGAUGAGGUGGCCCUCAAUUGCCAGUUUAUUACUAUGUUGGUCACCGUCCGCAUUUAGGCAGCUUUCUGCAUUUGGCGUUGAUUUAGUUAAUUGUACAGUAAUAGUGUUUUUGUUUCAAACACCUUUAGUGGAGAAAAUCUUGUGGUGCUACUAAAUAUAGAUUGGCAGUUCUUGUGAAAUGGCCGUCUUAAAGAUUUUAAAGGUUGCUUAUUUUGUCAAAGCCCUAGUCAUUUAUGACUCUUCUCUUGACUGUAAAUGUAAAACUAGCAACUAUGGCUGUUUAUUUCCUGACAGAGCGCUGCCAAAUCAUGUCAGGUUAUUAGCUGCUUGGAAAAAAAGGAACAGCACUUAGUUUUGUUUUGGCCUCUGAAAGCAAUUGGUUCAUUGUAUUUUCACAACAUAGGUUUUUUUUUUAUUAUUAUUUUUUAUUUUUUAAAUCCAUCUCUUUGAGCACCCUUCAGAACAUUCAUUUAAUGCCCCAUACAGUCCCUGAUUAGAGAUGUAUAGUUUCUGCCAAAAAAGACUGAGUCUGAUUUCCUCUUAUGCAUUUUAUCUGCUGCUGUGUCGAGUUACAAUCUAGAGACAUCUUAUUUUCUUCAGUUUCUCUGUUUAAAAAAAAAAAAAAAAA